AUGUCGACUCCUAUGCGUGGGUUGACCGUGUUCAUCGCGGAUAUACGAAACUGUCGAGUUAGAGAGCUCGAAGAAAAACGAAUAAAUAAAGAGAUGGCAAAUAUUCGAGCAAAGUUCAAAGAUGGCAAUUUAAAUGGAUACCAAAAGAAGAAAUACGUAUGUAAACUAUUAUACAUGUACAUUCUUGGAUGGGAUAUUGAUUUUGGUCAUAUGGAGGCUGUUCACUUGAUUUCUAGUCACAAGUAUAGCGAAAAGCAAAUUGGUUACUUGGCAGUAACUCUUUUGAUGCACGAGAAUAGUGACUUGGUGCGAUUAGUAGUAAAUUCCAUAAAAAAAGAUCUUGAAGAAAAUAAUGAAAUAUUUAACUGUCUAGCCCUACAUGCAAUUGCGAAUAUUGGUGGCCGAGAAAUGGCCGAAUCAUUAGCGACCGAUGUUCACAGGCUAUUAAUCUCACCAGCUUCAAAAGGAUUUGUUAAGAAGAAGGCGGCGUUAACGUUGUUACGGAUGUACAGAAAACAUCCUGAUGUUAUUCCUGCUGCAGAUUGGGCUGAAAGGGUUAUACAGCUAAUUGACGAUUUAGAUUUGGGGGUUGCUUUAUGUGUCACUAGCUUGAUAAUGGCUUUGGCUCAAGACAAUUUAGAAGCUUAUUUAGGCUGUUAUGAGAAAGCAGUCGACCGACUUAAAAAGCUCGUGGUAGAAAAAGAAUAUUCUCUUGAUUAUGUUUAUUAUAAAGUUCCAAUUCCUUGGUUGCAAAUAAAGCUACUAAGACUUUUACAAUAUUAUCCGCCAUCAGAUGAUGAAAGAGUGCGUGCCAAAUUGCAUGAUGUCCUCCAAGCUAUUUUGGAUUUAUCACAAGAAACACCGAAAAACGUGCAACAUAAUAAUGCACAAAAUGCUGUUUUAUUUGAAGCCAUCAAUCUUGCCAUUCAUUUGGACACUGAAUCACAGAUUGUUAAUCAAGCCGCUGUACUACUUGGACGUUUCAUAACUUCCAAAGAGACUAAUGUACGAUAUCUUGGCUUGGAAACAAUGGCACAUUUGGCAGCGUGUGUCGAUUCUUUGGAACCGAUAAAAAAGCAUCAAGAUACUAUUUUGUUAUCACUCCGGGAUAAGGACAUUAGUGUGCGUCGUCGAGGUUUAGACCUUCUUUACAGUAUGUGUGACGUGACAAAUGCUAAAGCGAUAGUGGCCGAAUUGCUUCGUUACUUGAAUAUAGCAGAUUACGGUUUACGUGAGGAAAUGGUGCUGAAAAUAGCCAUCUUAACCGAACGAUUUGCCACAGAGUAUCAAUGGUAUGUGGACAUUAUAUUACAGCUUAUUAGUACAGCUGGGGAUCAUGUUGGUGAAGAAGUAUGGUAUCGUGUUGUGCAAAUUGUGACCAACAAUGAAGAGUUACAGGAAUACGCGGCAAGAACGGUCUUGAUUCAUUUACGUUCGGUGUCAUGCCACGAGAGUCUUGUUAAAGUAGGCGGGUAUAUACUUGGAGAAUUUGGACAUUUAAUUGCGAAUAUAUCUGGUGCUAGUGCCCUUGAACAGUUUCACGCCAUUCAUUCAAAAUUUGGCUCGUGUACACUACAAACAAGAGCUUUAUUAUUAACCACAUACAUUAAAUUUGUCAAUCUUUUCCCCGAGAUAAAAGGUGACAUUUUAUCAGUGUUUAAUCAAUAUCGUCAUGUCCUUGAUGCGGAGCUACAACAACGCGCAGCCGAAUAUUUAGCAAUUGCCACGAUGCCAACCGAUGAUCUUUUACAAACAGUCUGUGAAGAGAUGCCGCCAUUCCCUGAACGGGAGUCUGCACUUCUUUCGCGGCUGCAUCAACAGCAUUCAGAUACUGAGGAUAAACGAACAUGGAUAAUCGGAGGGAAGGAUGUAAAUAAAGAACGAGAAUCUUUACGAAUGUCAUCUUUAAUAACUCGUAAUGGUUCUUCGGAUAGCAAAAAAACUAAUGGUCAUCUGACUACUCACAAUGGUAGCACCAGCAGUAAUGGGGGAAGCACAAGUAGCAAUGGCAACAUAAAUGGAAGUAAUGGAUACGGUGAUGUUGAUCUCUUAGGAUUCGGUGAUCUUGAUCUUAAUAGCGAGAUCACGGAAUCCCCAACAACAAUGACUAUUACUUCUCAACGAGGGGUAUUACCGGCAGGUUGUAUAACACCUGGUUCUGAACAAUGGUUUGGUAAAUUAGUUUAUACGACAGAAGGCGUGAUUUACGAAGACACUCAAAUCCUAAUACGCCUUAAAUCCGAAUAUCAUGGUCAUAUGGGUCGAAUAGCACUCUAUUUCACCAAUAAAACCCAAAUAAAAAUUACCUCAUUUACCACAGUAAUUGAACAUAUUGAAAAUGUAAUAAUUACUACACCCGGCCCACCCUCGACAAUACCACUAUCUGGUCAAAUCCAACAAUUAUUCCAUAUUGAGUGUCAUAACACAUUCACAGGCUCACCAAAUAUACGCGUGUCAUUUAUCGCUGGCAUCCCCGUUUAUACAAUUGGACUGCGCUUGCCUGUCGUGAUCGCAAAGUUCAUAGAACCAAUCGAACUAAACGGAACAGACUUUUUCGCUCGUUGGAAACAGAUCGGUGGUGGACACCGCGAAGCACAGAAAGUAUUUAAGUCGACUUAUCCGAUUGAUGUAGUAAAUGGUGGAAUCAGGAAGCUGGUUAGUGGAUUUAGGUUUGGAAUAUUGGAAGGUGUGGAUCCAAAUCCUAGUAAUGUUGUCGGGGCAAGUGUUUUACAUACUUCAAAGAGUGGUAUGAUUGGUUGUCUGAUGAGAUUGGAACCAAAUGUCGAGGCACAGAUGUAUCGAUUGACGGUUCGGACAACUAACGAAAUCGUGACGCAAGAAUUAUGCACCCUGUUAGAAGAUCGGUUAACGAACGAUAAACUAUAA